UUAACAAAAAAAAAAGGAGGAAGAAAAUGGAGAGUGAAGUAGCAGCGAAGGCGAGAAGAGAAGCAGAGACUCCGGCGACGUACAUUGGACUGAAGACGAGAGCUCAGAGAGCUAAACUUAGCAACGGGUCUGUGUCAGCAUCUUCCCACCAGCCGAGAAGCACCGAGAAGAAGAAGAAGAAGAGUCACAAACCCACUGUUGACAACAAGUACUCUCAGUGGAAGACUCUUGUUCCCAUUCUCUAUGACUCACUCUCCAACCAGAGCCUCGUCUGGCCUUGUCUCUCUUGCAGAUGGGGACCACAGUUUGGGCAAGCAUUGGCUAAGAAUCAGCAGCGUCUGUACCUCACUGAACAAACUGAUGGCAGUGUGCCUAAUACCUUGGUCGUAGCUAAUUGCGAAGCUGUUAAGAAGCAGCUUAAUGGAGAAGCAUGCUUUCCAUUUGUGAAGAAGUACAAGACAAUCAUCCACCCUGGAGAGGUCAACAGAAUCAGGGAACUGCCACAAAAUAGUAAGAUUGUAGCUACUCACACCGACAGUCCUGAUGUUCUCAUUUGGGACACUGAGACUCAACCAGACCGGCAUGCUGUACUUGGAGCUCCACAUUCUCGUCCUGAUUUGAUACUAACUGGACACCAGGGUAAUGCUGAAUUUGCUCUUGCGAUGUUCCCAACCGAACCUUUUGUUCUUUCUGGAGGCAAGGACAAGUCGGUUGUUUUGUGGAGUAUCCAAGAUCACAUCACAACAGCUGGUACAGAUUCCAAAUCCCCUGGAUCUAGCAUCAAACAGACUGGUGGUCGUUCCGUUGGCCCUCGAGGUGUAUAUCAUGGCCACGAGGAUACAGUUGAAGACGUCGCAUUCUGUCCAUCUAGUGCACAGGAGUUCUGCAGUGUUGGUGAUGACUCUUGUCUUAUACUAUGGGAUGCGCGAACCGGCACAGGUCCUGCCAUGAAGGUUGAGAAGGCACAUGAUGCUGAUCUUCACUGUGUCGAUUGGAAUCCUCAUGACAACAAUCUGAUCCUGACAGGGUCAGCAGAUAACACUGUCCGUUUGUUCGACUGCCGAAACCUGACCUCAAAUGGAGUUGGCUCUCCUAUCUACAAAUUUGAAGGCCACAAUGCUUCUGUUCUUUCUGUUCAGUGGUCUCCUGAUAAGUCAUCUGUUUUUGGGAGUGCUGCAGAAGAUGGUCUCUUGAACAUAUGGGAUUAUGACAAGGUCGGCAAGAAGUCUGCGCGUGCACCCAAAAGCCCUCCUGGGCUUCUCUUCCAGCAUGCUGGUCACAGGGACAACAUGGUCGACUUCCACUGGAACGUAUUGGAACCUUGGACUAUUGUCAGUGUUUCUGGUAACUGUGAGAGUAACGGUGGGGGUGGUACACUGCAGAUAUGGCGGAUGAGUGAGUUGAUUUACAGACCGGAAGAUGAAGUACUGGCAGAGCUAGAGGACUUCAAGUCACAGGUUUUCUCAUGUGCCUCCAGGCCUUGAGGAAGCUAUCCUCCCGUGACUAAUUAGUACGUUGCUGUUGUUCAGGAGGUGUCGUUAGUUUUUUGCAGAUGAAAAUCUGUUUUACGUAUGUGGUUUAAGUAAUAAUUUUACGGAGGAGUUACUUGGUAUAUGUAGGCCAGUAAUUCAAAAUAUUGGUAGGCUUAGGACUCUUGAUCCUAAAUCGUGUAGGGUUCUUGAUCUUGUUUCUUCAGGUUAAUUGUAGGCACACCACUUACUAUUAUGGUCAACCAUUGUUGUGAAUCCCCAAACUUAACCAACAGAUUGAAAUCUAUAAUUUAAGUACUUG